AUGUCACAUAUCCACUUCCGCGCCUCUCCCAGGUCGGAGGAGGAGAAGGAGGAGAGAGAGCGAAGUGGAGGAAGCCGGGGAACUAGAAGCAGGGUGAGGGCGUUCUUCAGAUCGUGUUUCCGCGGGCACCACGCAGCAGCAGCCAAAAGCAACAGCAACAGCAACAGCAACAGCAACAGCAACAGCAACAGCAACAGCAGCAGCGACGACAGCUCGAGCGAGAAGAUCCCCAACGCAAGGGCGACAACCCGCCGCUACCGCCCGCUGAGCUACGACUCGACGACGACGCCGCCCGCUGCCCCGCAACAACAACAACAACAGCAACACCACCACCAACCCCCCACCACCACCACCACCACCACCACCACCGCCGCCGACAAAGACCAAACACCGCAAUUCCUCCCCCCCAUCCGCCAGACAACCCCCAUCUCCCUCUCCGGCACCACAAUCCAGGCCAAACCCCUCCGCAAACCCUGGAAGCACCUCCCCCGCCCCACGCUCAAGAAGCACCACACCUACUCCCCGCACCACCACAGCCACCACCACCACCACCACGACCACCGCCACCCGCACCGCAGCAGCCUAAAGUCCAAGCUGCCCCUCCUCACCUUCCCCGCCGAGAUCAUCCUCCUCAUCGCCUCCAACCUCGACCUCGACGACCAGCACGCGCUCCUCCUCUCCUCCCGCGCGCUCGCGGGCCUCAUCACCCCGCUCUUCCAGCACUCGGCCAUGGCCGCGCAGGGCUUCAACCCGGCCCUCGACUUCCCGCCGCUGCACUGGGCCGCCUGGAAAGGGCACACCGCGCUCGUGCGGCGGCUGCUGGAGCAGGGGCACGACGCGAAUGCACGAACACUCGUCCAUGGGACGACCCCGCUGCACCAUGCGGCGCGCUGGGGGCAUGACGGCGUUGUGCAGGUGCUGCUGGAGCGCGGGGCGGAGGUCGAUGCCCAGGAUACGUUUGAUGGGAAGACGCCGCUGCAUUUGGCGCGGCUGGAGGGACGGGUCGAGGUGUGUAAUGUGUUGGUGGCGGCGGGGGCGAGUGUGACGGUGAGGGAUGAUGCGGGGAGGACGCCGAUGGCGUAUAUGGGCGGGAAUAGCUGUGAGGAUUAUCAUUGGAGGCCGAGGGGAGGGGGCGAGGGGAGGGGGAGGGGGCUGGCGCCGGGGGGGAUGGUGAGCAGGGGGGAGAGGAUCUUUGGGAGGGGGGGGGGCAUGGCGGGGUAUUAG